AUGGCUAAAAUUGGUAAUAUAGAAGAAUUCAAAUUACAGCAAGAAGAAGAUUUCGAAACCUGGGUAGAACGACUAGAACUCUAUAUGCUGGUGAAUAAAAUAAAAGAAAAUAAAGCAGCUAUAUUUUUAACCUUAAUUGGAAGUGAAGGUUAUAAAGUACUUAAAUCUCUUUGUACUCCAGAACUACCUAAAGAUGUCGAGUAUGAAAAGCUAGUAAGUAAUAUGAAAGAUUACUUACAACCGAAAGUUUCGAUUCUUGCUGAACGUUCCAAAUUCCGUAAUUGUCUACAAGAAAACAAUGAAACGAUCACUGAAUUUAUGACAAAACUACAAAAAUUAUCCAUAUUGUGUGGUUUUGGAAAUAACUUGGAGGAAGCAUUACGUGAUCAAAUAGUUCAUGGUGUAAGCGACCGUAUGCUUAAAAAGAAACUAUGUGAAGAACCGAAUUUGACUUAUGGAAGAACUAAAGAAAUAUGUCAAGCACACGAGGGCGCAGAGAAAAGUCUGGAGAAUUUUCAACAGGCUACCAAAGGAGAUCUCAACUUCAUAAAAAAGAAGGCAUCAAACAAAUGGAAGGAGCCAAAUUGGAAAAAUGGGAAGAAUGGUGACAAUGCUGACGGCACAUGUACAUGUUGUGGUAAUAUGAAUCAUGUUUUUGGUAAUUGUUAUUUUAAAAAUCGAAAUUGUGAAAUAUGUAAUAAGAAGGGACAUUUAAAAAAGGUUUGUUAUUUUAAUAAAAAUAAAACUGACAAGGUUCAAUCUAAGUUUUCAGAUGAAAAAAAUAAAAAUCAUAAUAAAAGUAACUUUGGUACAAGGAAUAAAAAAGUUUUUAAAAACAAAAUAAAUAAAUCAAAUCAUUUUUUGGAAUCAGAUAAUUUAGACAUAGACACAUUAUUUCAAAUAGAAGUAGUGAAUAAAAAAAAUAAUAACAUAACAAUUAAAGUUCAAAUUGAAAAUGAAAUAAUUGAUAUGCAAUUAGAUACAGGUUCAGCCAUUUCAGCAAUAUCUUUAUCAGAUUAUGAAAAUAAUUUUAAUUAUUUAACUAUUGUUAAAACAAAUUUGAAUUUAAGAAGUUACUCGGGUGAUAGUAUUACACCAAUUGGCUUAAUUAAUGUUAAAGUUAAAUUUAAUGAAAAAGAUUAUGACUUAAAAUUAUAUAUUGUUGAAAAUGGUGGCCCACCUUUGUUAGGUAAUGAUUGGUUGAAGUAUUUAGGUAUUAAGGUUAAUAUUGAUUUUGAAAUGAAUAAUAUUACAAGUCAGAAUCACUCAAAUCAAAUUAAAGAAUUAAUAACUAAAUUUCCUGAAGUUUUUACUGAUAAACUAGGUACUUACAAUAAAAAUAAAUGUAAAUUGUAUUUGAAAGAAAAUUUUAAACCAAUUUUCUUUAAACCAAGAUCCUUGCCUUAUAAAAUUAAAGACCAAGUAGGAGCUGAACUUGAUAGGUUAGUUAAAGAGGGUAUAUUAACACCAGUAGAAACAUGUGAUUUUGGAACUCCUAUAGUACCAGUAAUUAAAGCCAAUGGAUCUAUUCGUAUUUGUGGAGAUUAUAAAGUUACUAUCAAUCCUUACUUAAAAGUAGAUAGGUAUCCACUUCCACGGAUAGAAGAUUUAUUUUCUAACAUCAGUGGUAGUGUAAUAUGGUCAAAAAUUGAUUUAUCUCAAGCAUAUACACAGUUAUUAGUUGAAGAAAAUUCUAAAGAAAUUCUGACUUUAUCAACUCAUCAAGGGUUAUAUGUACCAAAUAGAUUAAUGUAUGGAAUUGCUUCAGCGCCAGGGAUUUUUCAGAGAGAGAUGGAAAAUUUAUUUAGGAAAAUAGACAAUGUGGUUUGUUUUUUAGAUGAUAUUUUAAUUCAUAGUGAUAGUGUAGCUUCACAUAUAAAUAAACUAAAUGAAGUUUUUAACAAGUUGAAAGAAUGUGGUUUAACAGUUAGAGAAGAAAAAUGUGCAUUUUUUCAAGAUGAAAUACAGUAUUUAGGGUACAAAAUAAAUAAACAUGGAUUAAAUACAAGUGAAACAAAAAUUAAAGCAAUUGUAGAUGCACCAAUUCCCACUAAUAUAACACAAGUUAAGUCUUUUUUAGGGAUGGUAAAUUAUUAUUUUAAAUUUAUUAAAAAUAGCACUGAAAUAUUAUAUCCAUUAUACAAUCUACUUAAAAAAGAUAAUGAAUUUAAUUGGAAUAAGAAAUGUGACAAUGCUUUUAAUGAAAUAAAAAAAAUUCUAACUUCAGCUCCAAUAUUAACACAUUUCAAUCAAAAUUACAAAAUUAAAUUGUCAUGCGAUGCUAGUUCCUAUGGUAUUGGGGGUGUAAUUUCACAUAUCUUACCAAACAAUGAAGAAAGGCCGAUCGCAUAUACUUCUAGAACAUUGAAUCUGGCCGAACAAAAAUAUUCUCAGAUAGAUAAGGAGGCAUUAGCUAUAGUUUUUUGUAUUAAAAAAUUCCACCAAUAUUUAUAUGGGAGACAUUUCAUUUUACUUACUGAUCAUAAACCUCUUACAUAUAUUUUUCAUGAAAAAAAAAGUUUACCUCAGGUGGCAGCUAAUAGGAUACAGAGAUAUGCCUUGUUCUUAGCGAAUUAUGAUUAUAGUAUUCAGUAUGUUAAAUCUGAAAAUAACCAAAGUGCUGAUGCAUUAAGUAGGUUAGCAAUCACACAUACAAAUGAUAGGGAAAUGGAUGUGUCAACAAUUCAUUUUGUUAAUGAUUAUUUUCAAGGUAUAAAUAAAAAUAUGAUACAAAAAGAAACUGAACAAGAUGAGGUAUUGAAAGUAAUUAAAAAAUAUAUUUUAACAGGAUGGCCAAAUGCUAAGGUUAAAAUCAUUCAAGAACCAAUUAGAUCAUACUACUUACAAAAACAUGAAUUAACUGUUGAACAAAAUUGUAUUUUUCUAGGUCACAGAUUAGUUGUACCAAAAUGUUUACAGGAGAUUUUCUUAAAUGAAUUGCACAGUACUCAUUUUGGUGUUGUUAAGUUAAAAAUGAUGGUUAGAAAUUAUUUUUGGUGGCCACAACUAAACAAACAUAUUGAUCAGUUAGUAGCUUCAUGUAGUACCUGUAUUAAAUUCAGAAAAGAACCUACUAAGUCUUCAUUACAUGUAUGGGAAUAUCCUAAUGAACCGGGGGAAAGGAUACAUGCUGAUUUCUUAGAACUUAAUAAAAAAAUGUUUAUUGUGAUAAUAGAUGAGUUUUCUAAAUGGCCAGAAGUUAUACCAAUGACUUCAACUACUGCAUUAAAUACUAUAAAUGUUAUGAGGGAAUUUUUCUCUAGGUAUGGUAUUUGUCAAACUUUUGUGACUGAUAAUGGACCACAGUGGACUUCUAAAGAAUUUCAAAUAUUUAUUAAAAAUAAUUGUAUCAAACACAUUUUAACACCACCUUAUCAUCCACAAAGCAAUGGGGCAGCGGAGAAUAUGGUAGAUUAUAGAAACACUAUUCAUUGUACCACAGGUAAAAGCCCAGCUGAAUUGCACAUGAAUAGAAAAUUAAAUAGUAAAUUUGAUUUAAUUAUUAAACAGUUCAAUAAGGAACCAUACAUAAAUAAUAAUUUGGAUGUAAAAACUAAGGUUGAACUAAGUCAGAAUAAAACAAAAAAAAUAUUUGGCGGUAAAAGAAAUGUAAAUUUUAAGAUAGGUGAUACGGUGUUAGCAAGGAAUUAUAGCAAAGGACAGAAAUGGAUUACAGGAAAAAUUAAAGAGAAAGUAGGAAAAGUAAUUUUUAUUGUGGACUCUGAAUGUGGGCAAAUUAAGAGACACAUUGAUCAACUUUUACUACACAAAUUAAAAGAGAGAGAUGUGAGUGAGGAAAAAGUUGAUAUUAAUGAUAGUAUGGAAGUAAGGCGAUCUAAAAGACAUAUUAAUAAACCAAAAAAGUUUUUGUAA